GGUGGCGAGGGCGUGACGGAAGGUAUAUAUAUGGGUGGUGCGUGGAGGGAGCAUUCAGUGAUCGGUGAGAGCUUGCACAGGUCGAAGCUCGUCAAGUUGACACACGGAACGUCAGAGCAGAGCAGCCACACAGCCCCCUCUCCUACCUCCCCACCCCCGACUUCUUGUGUGACGCGUUGUGAAGUGGUGAAGGCGCUGCGGCGGCUCCUUUUCUCCUCUCCUCCUUUCCUCCCCCGCGAAUCAGAUGUCCCUGUAUUGCAUCACAGGACACGGAUACACUUAAGGUGCAGGGGAGGUGAGCCAACAGUAGGCCAGGGCGGUGGGAAGCGUCGGGACAGGUGGCGGUGGUCCUGUCAUGACGAGAAAUAAUGUGUCAGAAAUAGACUUGGACAAGCGUGUGUCGUCAGCGGAGGGUUGACGUAGCAGCAGCAACCGCGUCACGCACGGGCCUUCUUGUGACAGUGAUUGGCGCGUGUGACGAAGCGAUACUUGCUGAAGGAACUUGGCGUCACAGCUGCCUGGCUCCCCAGGUUCAAGGAAACUAAAAAAUUCCCCACACUGAACUGUAUUGUAUGUGUAGAGAACAUUCACACUUGGACUUUGCAGGAGGUAGGGCGAGGAUUCUUGUGGUGAUAAAGUUGUGACAAGUGAGCGUGUGAGUGAUCGUUACCUCGGCCACAUCCCACCAUGCCCGGCCCCAUCUUGAGAUUGGCAGCCUCCCCUAGUGAUUCCAGCGAUUUCUCCGUGUUCGAGGUCGUGCGAUGACAUCCAGGAGGCCUGGGGGGGGGCGGCCUGAACGGGAACUUCUCUGCUGAAAGCAUUUACCACGAGUGUAGCGGACAGGACGGCCUGGAGCACCGCGAUGUGCGCGUCAACGGAGACCCGGCCACUCCCUUCGCAGUAACGAUAAAGGUGCCUGAACACCCACGCACGACUCCAGCCAGGGCUGAACACAGGACACUGCACGCCAGCACGGCGGGGCGGGAGAGGAGGGCGGAGGCACACAGCACGAGGGUCGCUCCAGUUAAGGAAGACGACGAGGAUAUGGAGGACGAAGUGAUGGAGGAGGCCAUUCAGACUAUCAACAUGCCGGUGGUGUCUGCCAGCCUCAGCGUGGACCUGACCACUUCCCUCACGCGGCAGAAGAUCAGCUCGGUGCAGCGGGGGACCCACCCUGACCUAUGCUGACCACGAGGAUGCUGAGGAGUCCCCUACGCGCCGCCCCCGCCCCUUCACUCAUGCCAGUGAGAGCAUAGAUGUGGGCACCCCUCUACACCUUCUCCGCGCCAGCUCCUCCACCCCCACAUCGCCCACCUUGCCCACCUCGCCCACUUCCCCCACUUCGCCCAAAGCCAGACAGCCACCCAUCAGUCCCUCCUCCGCACAUCGGGCAACACGCGUCUCCCGCAACCCAUCUUACCACUUCGCCGUGCGGGACGCCUCCUUCGUCACUCCAGUAGCCACGCCCCCACCAUCAGUCGUCCGAGAAAGGUUCCAGAAGCUGCGACAGUAGCCCCAUCCGCCCUCACCCCCAGAUGGAGCCUCUGAGGGAGGAUACAAGUUCCGUGGACGGCAGCGGCCAGCGGCGACACGCAUCUGAGAGUGACGGUCUGAUCCCCAUUCCCUUGGCAGUGAACAUGUCCCCGCAGCGUCUCCUUCAGCGGACCAGAAUUGCUGGCUCCGCCGUCUGCUGCCAGCGGCAGUCUUUCAGAGGGUAACAGCCGAAGCGGCAGUGUGCCACAACUGUCAACCACUCCCGCCCACAGCAACUCGGCCCCCACCUUGGAGACCAAGUCGGCCCCCCCCAAACUUCACUCGCGGGCUCUGUCAUCUCACGCAGUUUCCCGUCGGCUGUUCAGUACACCCAGCCGCACGCCCCCCACCCAGCCCGAGGAGUGCUGGGACGACAUCCCAGGCGUGCAGAUCACCUCGGAGGCGGAGCUUAAGUCUUCCCGCCUAAGAAGGAUCGGCUCCUCUUUUUCCCGCAAGCUGACCUCAAAACCCAAGAUGAGUAGCGGCUCGGGGUCUAAUGGGCAACCUCUGGUCGUGCCCAAUGGCACCACCACGCCCACCUCGCCCGAAGAUGCCCGCAGCCUGGUGGAGUACGAGGACCUUCUUAAGCUUUUCUGCUGCUCGGGGUGCCAGAGCUUUAUGGUGCCGCCGCUGCACCAGUGCCGGAAAGGACACUUGGUUUGCAACUCGUGCCGCUUCUCGCUCAAGCAGGCGUGUCCCACAUGCAAGCAGCGCUUUGCUGAGUCCACCAACUUGAUGAUGGAACAGGUGUGUCAGCUGGUCAAGUUCCCGUGUAAAUAUUCGGCGCACGGUUGUCCGGAGUACCACAGACCGCGAGCCAAGCAGGACCACGAGCACUUCUGUUCCUACCGCCCCGUGCACUGUCACCAUGGACCGCAGGGCUGUCCUAAGGUCCUCUUGCUUCGUGACAUGCACCAACAUCUCGAGCAGUGCGAGUUUAAGAAGAAAUGAUCAUCGAGUGGUUUUGUCACCCAGCUGUUCCUCGCGAGACUUCAAUUAGCACCUGAGGCAGCUAACGAAGGCUGCCCAGCUCCCCUCCCUCAUCCCCUCCCUAUUCUCGUUCGUUCGCCAACGUGUAUAGCGGCCGACGUUACGUUUAAUUUGUUUUGGUGUUGCUUAUGUGUCCACCUCAUCUCAUCCUCCCACGGAUGUCUCGCUUCCUUACCUGGGAGUGGCCUUUCUGAUCCCUGACAGUGAGGUAGGCACGAUAGGCACAGGUAACCUAGGCUGGCACCUUGAGGGCACCAAACGGCACUGAGACACCUGAAGGAGGGCGUAGGAAGGCGUACCUGGGUGGUGGAUGAGGUGCCCUGUGGUUGUGAGUGCGUGUGGAUGGUCGGAUGAAUGAAUAGGGAGUGGAUUGCAUCUGUUUGUGUGUGUGGAUGCAUGGAUGGCCAGGCGCUGGGUCAGGGGGCCGGGGAGGGGGUGGGGGACUGGUGGACGUGUGAGGGGGAAUAAGGGCAUGGCAGGAAGCCAGAAUGGUCCCUGAAUUUAUCUCGAGGUUGAGAGAUAUUUUGGAAUCCAGUUUUUAUUUCCUUAGCCGUGACCCACAAAAGGGAGGCUGGUCCAAUCCCUGCCACCUUACUGCUCCGCUUUCUUUCUUUUCUUCUUACUUGGCGUGUGUGUUUGUGAGUGUAUGUGUGUGUGUGUGUACCUACCGUCGCUGAGGUCAAGGGGAGCACACGUCACACACACACACACACACACACACACACACACACACACACACACACACACACACACACACACACACACACACACACACACACACACACACACGUUACUCCAUCACUCAUGUCCCUUUUUGAACACGGUGGAAGUUAAGUUGACGAAGUUUACAGAAUUUAUUGGACCAUAUUCUGAAACACUUCUGCCCGCACCAACAGUACUUUCAAAAUGCUACUUGAAGUGACACGGGUUUUAAGGGUGUUUUGAUGAUUCCAGUGACAGAUUAAAAUGGUUUCUACAUUACUAACAAGGGAAACACUCUUGAGAACCCGACCAAUCUUCUAUGUAGCCUUGGAAAAUAGUCGUGGUGAGAGAGCAAAGCGUUUCUGAAUAAGGGCCAUUAUACGAGAAUAUUCCGUGUGUUUGUGUGUACAUACACUGAGCAAGUUGGGUUAGGUAGACGCAGAGAGUGUUGAUGCAGGCCUUACAUUGGCUCACGAGUCCCUUUCAGGGUGAGUGUAAGGUGUAGGGGGCGCCGUGCCAGGAGAGGCCUGCGUUGUGACAGACACAGCUGACACGAGACGACAAUCUGUUUUUUCAGCCUUCCCAGAGCUUUUUAUACUCCUCUUACGUGACUUGAUCCCGCGUGAUGCAAGAGGAAGAGGGAGAGGGGAGUACAAGGAGAGAGAAAGAGUGAGAGGAACAAGUAAGUCAAAAAGAGAUGAGAUAUAAAGAACAAGGAGAGGAGGUAGUACAAGAUGGAGAGGGAAAAGGAGCAAGUGGAACAUGUAAAAGAUAAAGAACAGGUGGGAGACUGAGAAUAACUGGAGAGGACUACAUUUUUGCACCAUUUUGUUUUGGUUCCUGACUUAAUUUUUGCAUCACCCUGUUCCGGUAGCGCUCCCUUCUUCCUUUCCUCACCAAAACCGAGACCAAGGCAGACAGGUAACCUAAUUGGGAGUGAAGCGCACCUGGCUCUCCUCUUCAUUUUCCUUUAGUAAAUAUUGGCCAACCUGACUGGAACUUCAUCUUCUAUUCAAUCUUGUGGGGUUCACUAAUUAAGAAGUUUUUUUUUUAUUAUUUUUUUUACUUUUCUUUUUUUUUAGUUUUCUUUUUCACUUUAAUUUUUCUUGUUUAUUUUAUUUAUUUAUUUAUUUUUUUUGUCAGCCUCCUUUUCACAUUAUAGAAAAAUAAAUUAACUGUAGCAGCGGAUGUGUCUUUCUUAACGGAGCAACAAAUAAGUAGUUGUAUGUGAGUGUGUUCUUAAGAUUUUGUAGGACCUGGCCAACCUCCUUUCCACACUCAAAACUGGGAAAACAAGGAAAAUAGUAAUAUGUACAGUAUUGAAAGAAAAAAAAAACUUGUCUUGACCUGACCUGAGCUGACCUGACCUGAUGCUGUCAAGGGUGUGUGCGUGAGUGGGUUAUUACGAUAUUCUAUAAAUGUUAUGUUAUGUUAUGUAACCUGUUAUUGCGCCUUGUGGCGGUGGUGGUGGUGGUGGUGGUGGUGGCUGCCGUGUCGACCUUUCUCCUGCUGCUGCUGCUGCUGCUGCUGCUGUGGCUGCUGCUGCUGUGGCUGUGUGAAGUAAGGCUUCUUCGUGACUUACUCAGCUACCCAAUGGAAUUUGUUUUGAAAAAGAAAAAAAUACUAUAUAAUAUAUUUAUCGUACAAGUAGACAGAGAGAGAGAGAGAGAGAGAGAGAGAGAGAGAGAGAGAGAGAGAGAGAGAGAGAGACCAGCACUGACCUUGAUAUGUGCAGAGAUGGGAUUAGGGUAUACGUGUAAAGCUAUCACACACACACACACACACACACACACACACACACACACACACACACACACACACACACACACACACACACACACACACACACACACACACACACACACACCUGACAAGUCUAGUUCUGCCUUUUCUCAACGUUUUCCUUGUAUAGAUAAGCCAGCACGUACUUAACUUUGUAUAUUGAUAGUUUGUAAGGUUUGUUUGAAUUAGGUGAGCUUAGAAGUGUUAUACAGGAGAGAGAGAGAGAGAGAGAGAGAGAGAGAGACGAGGGGGGUUUUGGGUUAGGGUCGAGGGAUGUAGGUAAACACACACUCACACACACACACACACACACACACACACACACACACACACACACACACACACACACACACACACACACACACACACACACACACACACGAUUAAGAUGUGCCUGAAAUGAAGAGAGAGAAAAGUAAAACCUCAAGAUGUAAAUAGAAAAAGCAGAGCAAGAAGUCGAGGUGGUAAAUUCCACUAAGCCUCGCCUCUCGUCCCUACUCGCACCAAGGUCACACAAGGUCAGGGCGUCCUCUCCUCCCUGGUGAGUUGACUUCUUUUAACACUAUACGUAGGAUGGUGUUUGCUCCUAUACCUCAGUACGUCUAGAGUUUCAUCUGUCUAAAUUUUCUGGGAUAAGAAGUACUAUAUGUAUGAAAUGUUGUCAAUUCUGUUAUUUUUGUAGAAAUAUAUACAUAUAUACAUCUAUUA